AUGGCCGACUCCAACUCCAAGCUGCGCAAACGCUCUCGCGCGGCCUGUCUUUUAUGCCAGUCACGGAAGAGAAAAUGCUCAGGCGAUCGGCCAUGCACAACUUGCACUCAGCUUGACACCCCAUGCCAAUUUAACCCCACACCCCGCAAGAAGCACAGUAGCGCGUAUCGGACCAGUCUGUCUGCGCCGGAGGAGCGACAGCAGCAACCUGAGAGCUGGCCAAAGACACGGACACGGCCCGAUCCUGCGAGUAUUGGAGCUGGUACUUCGGAUAGCGCCAUAUCACCCGCCUCCUACACUCAUCUCAAUGGCCCCCAGUCUAAUGACUCCCGACCGGAUGACCUCAAACCCCAACCUGCCAGUCAGUCCUUAGAGGCAAACUCCGGGGCUUCAUUUGUCCGCAAGCUUGGGCUGCGUAUAGAUCCUGCUCGUGCACCGCGACUCCAUCUAUUUGCAUGGAAUGUCGGCGAGAGAAAGAAAUCGCCGGAUCACGCAUUGUCCGGGACGGCGGCGUCAAUCACCAAAAUCCUGUCACAGGCCCAGAUGCUGGGGUUGGCAGCUAUUUACUUUGAAAAAGUCCACCCGUGCUAUGCAUUUCUGAACAGAGAGACCUUGCUAUCACGUAUAGUGCGGCAUUGGGCAAAUAAAACAUCCGCGGAAUCAGAUCCGGCCUUUGAAACUGUGCUCUGUGGCAUUGCAGCCCUCGCCUAUCUCUUCUCACAGCGCGAGAUUAUGGAUAUUGAGAUCAAACUCGCUGAAGACGCACGUCUUUUUCUUGAAAAGUCCGUCCUAUGCGGCAAACCACCUUCAAUCGACACAAUAACAGCCUGGGUCCUACGCACAGCCUACCUCCGAAUGACAGCCUCCCCACAUGCUGCAUGGAUGGCUAGUUGCACAUUGAUGCAUCUAAUCGAAGCAGCAGGCUUACACCUCGAAGCCUCAGACCUAGAGACGACCACGGAACUUGGAACUUCAUCCACCGGAAACCACACUAACCAGAACAGCAUCUACACAUCACCCAAUUCCGACCUCGACACUCGUCGACGCCUCUUCGGCAUGGCACGCCACCUAAACACCUGGAUCUCCUUCGACCUAGGCCGUUCUCGCGUUGUCCUCCACGGCGCCACAUCCCAGCCCCCAACCCAAGCACAAACAUCGUCAGGAGCAGGAACAGACCUCUUCCACCUCCUCCCACUCUCCGAGUCCCUAGACCCAACAGGCCCCUCACCACAAGAUCUCCCCGAACUCGAAAAAGCCCUAACCUCCGUCCUGAGCCCUAUCUACACCGAACCAUCCCUAAUCCUAGUUCAAUGCAAUCUAAUGCUCUGCAUCUACCGGCGCGCCAGAGCCCUCAACCCCUACGCUCCCCUCCGCGCAGAUCUACAAGACCGCAUCCUCGCCCUCGCGAGUCGCGCGCUCACUGCAGCACGGAAAAUGGUCGCCGCCUCGUGCCCCUGGCAUCAGGUUGCCAAUGUUCCGUUCCAGGUCGUCUGCACGCUUUUGGCGAUUGAUAAUCGCGCGGCGUUGGGGUUGCUGUCGGAUGCGAUGAUGACGUUGAGGGAGGUUCAGGCUGCGUAUGAUACGGGUGUUAUGCGCGAAGCUUAUUCGACGGCUUAUUUGCUUGUUGCGUUGCAUCAGCGUAGAAAGGAGGAUGAUACGAGGGCGUUGGCGGAGGUUUUGAGGGCUAAUGCCUCUGCUGCUGGGGAUGUGUCGGGCACUGCUGGUUAUGGGGUUGGAGGUGGGAUUGGCUAUGAUGCUACGAAUGGCCAUGGUAACACCCAUGCGAGGGGUAAUACGCUGGCUGGGGCUUCGUUACAGCAGGAUGUGCGUCCGGAAGGACAAAUUACACAGCAGAUACAGCUUCAGCAGGAUGCGGCGGAUGCGGACCUUUCUUGGUUGGGCGAUUUGAUGAUUGACAUGCCUUCCUUACAGAACUUUGAUUUGGAACAGUUCCUCGGGACUACUGUGCCGUGGCCGCUUCCUGAGAUGGGGAUUUAG